CGAAGUGAUGACCAAAUGCACUCUUAUGCUCAGCCUACUCGCCGCGCACGACUCUGCCUGAGUAUCCAUACGACUGUCUAAGAACUUUCAGGUUCAUUUGAGAGCUCCAUUGGCCUUCUCUUUCCAUUUCCCGCUGUCAUGACGAGGUAGACCAUAUUGAGUCGCUCUGACUGCGGGUGCGAGAUCGACUUCUCAAAGACAGCACCAUGUCCUACGUCGUACCUAUCCAUCGACCCAGCGGCGUCCGACAUGCGGUCAAGCUGAAUUUUUUGGAUCCUGACAUGGAUACCCUUAUAGUUGCGAAAGCCAACCGUCUCGAAAUCUACGAGCAAGGACCAGAAGGGCUCGCCCUCCUCCACACAAAGACCGUCUACGGCUACAUAACGAUCCUAGAACGAUUCCGGCCCUCUUCCUCCAAGACAGACCACCUCUUCGUGGGCACAGACCGCUACCAAUACUUCACGUGCUCAUGGAACGCCGACAUUAAACAGUUGAAGACCGCGCAGAGUUACGUCGACCUGGCAGACAAGGUCCUCCGUGACUCCAGAGAGCUCGACAGAUGCCACAUUGAUCCGACGGGACGCUUCAUGACGUUGGAACUAUACGAUGGCGUGGUCACAGUUCUGCCAUUUGUACAGCCGUCUAACAAACGGGUAAAACGAGAGAGCAGCUCGAAUGCAGUCGGGACAUUAGGCGAGCCAGUCCAAGUCAGGAUCGAAGAACUCUUGACACGGUCGUCUGCGUUCCUGAGAAGUGAUCCGGACAGCAGAGAGGACCCGAAACUCGCGAUCCUCUGGGAAGAUAACCAGGAGAAUCCGCAGUUGAAGAUACGGGAAUUGAAGUAUUACCCCGGUGGUGAGCAGGCAACAGCCGACCUAGAGACGGUUGCUGAAUUACACGGUGAUCAGCUCGAUAAGGGUGUGAGCCACUUGAUACCCGUUGCUGCGCCGUAUGGAGGACUUAUCAUCCUUGGGGACCAUGCAAUUCGGUACGUCGAUCGAGAUUUGAAUAAUGUCAUCACACAGCCGCUGGACGAUAAUGCGACGAUAUGGACGUGCUGGACCAAGAUCGACGACCAACGAUACCUUCUGGCGGAUGACUUUGGCCGGCUGUUUUUCCUGAUGAUCGAGGUCAGCGGGUUUGACGUCUCGUCGUGGCGUCUGGAUCCUGUUGGUGAGGCCUCGAAAGCUGCGUGUCUCGUGUACCUCGAUGAAGGGUAUGUCUUUGUCGGAUCACACUCGGGUGAUUCGCAGGUCGUGCAUAUCGAAGAAGGUGGCGUUCGAGUUGUGCAGACGUUUUCCAACAUCGCGCCCAUUCUGGAUUUCACAAUCAUGGACUUGGGCCGUGGUGCGGAGGGUGCACAGUCACUUGAAUUCUCGUCUGGACAGGCUCGGAUAGUGGCUGCUUCAGGGGCGUGGCAAGAUGGCACGAUACGGAGUGUAAGAAGCGGCGUUGGACUCGAAGAACUCGGCACGAUCGGCGAGAUAUCUCAUGUCACAGGCCUAUGGGGCUUGAGUUCCACAGGGCAAAGCGAUGUGCACGAUACACUGCUCGUCUCGUUUGUCGGUGAGACGCGCGUCUUCAGGUUCGACGCUGAGGGCUCGGUCGAGGAGGUCGAUGCUUUUCACCAUCUGGACCUUACACAGCCGACUCUGUUUGCGGCGAAUCUUCCUGAUAGGAAACUUGUCCAAGUCUGCGAAGCAGGACUCCGGAUUACGGACCUCGACUCUGGUAUGCUCACACUCGAAUGGAAACCUUCCGACGGAGCCGCAAAGAUUACAGCAGCAUGCGCCAACUCAGUGCACCUGCUAAUCGUCGAGAGCGGUCGUACACUGCAUGUCUUCCACACGGCGAACAGCGAUUCGAAACCGACGAUCUCAAAGAUAUUCCCAGCCGACUCGCAAAUAUCGAGCGUCACAGUGCCAGACUCGCAGGCGAACGUCUGUAUUUUAUCAUUCUGGCAGACUGCAUCCGUUGCAAUACUUGACCUUCACACCCUUGAAACACUCCAGACUCAAGAGCUAGGCUCGCCAGGCACGGAUAUUCCGCGGUCGGUGCUGGUCGCAAACGUCCUGCCCGACGCCCCACCAACAUUGUUCGUCGCCAUGGCCGACGGUACAGUACUGACGUACUCAUUCGACAUCAGCAAGAAUACACUCUCAGGCAUGACUAGGAUUCUUCUGGGAACGGAGCCGGUGUUCUUCAAACAAUUGCCCAAAGAUCCCGAGUCUGAAUCGGAUCUGUCCAACGUGUUCGCAUCAUGCGAGCAGCCGUCGUUGAUAUACAGUUCCGAAGGCCGGAUAAUAUACUCGGCCGUCAAUGCCGAAAGCGCGACUCGCGUGUGCAAUUUCAACAGCGAGGUGUACCCCGGGGCUAUUGCAAUUGCAACACCUAGGGAAUUGAAACUCGCAAUGAUCGGAAGAGAGCGCACGACGCAACUACAGACACUGCCUGUUGGCGAGACGGUGCGGUGUCUCACGUACGAGGCCAAUGCGAAGCUGUUUGCUUUGGGCUGCGUGCGGAGGAUCAUGGAGGGUGGAACAGAGGCGCUGCUAUGUUCGGUCAAGAUCGCGGAUGAGGUGAGUUUCAAGGAAUUGGAUUCAGUGGAACUGCAGGACCGUGAGCUUGUCGAAUGCAUUGUGUCGACCGGCAGCUUUGACUCUGAAGAAUUGGGCCUGGGCGAAAUGUUUGUGGUGGGCACGAGUAUUCUCGAGGAAGAUGAUAGCAUGGGCGGCGAGGAGGUCAUGAGAGGUCGGAUACUGGCUUAUGAGGUUAAUAAGGAGAAGAAGUUGAAAUUGGUCACGCAGAUCAAGGUCAAAGGAGCGUGCAGGAGUCUUGCCAUGUGCGAGGGAAAGAUUGUCGCGGGUCUGGUCAAGACGGUAGUACUCUAUGGACUUCUCCCGUCGUCAACAAGGGGCGGGCACUCUCUGGAGUUGUCCAAGCUGGCAACGUACCGCACCUCGACAAACCCUCUGUCACUGGCAGUCACGCCAGCUACGCAGGACACACCUGCACAGAUUGCCGUUGCGGAUCUGAUGAAGUCACUGUCGAUUCUGCAGGUUAUUCCGCCAGAUUCGACAAAUCCGGAGUAUAGACUCCGGGAGACCUCACGGCAUUUUGCGACGUUAUGGUCUUCGGCGACAGCGGCCAUUGCAGACAAUGAAUGGGUCGUGGCGGAUAUGGAGGGUAACCUGAUUACUCUCCGCCAGGGCUCUCAGGAUGUUGAAGGAGAUUAUCGUCGCCGGCUCGAAGUGACGGGCGAGUUCCGGCUAGGUGAGGUGGUCAACAAAAUUGUUGCAAUCUCGUCGACGCCCGCCCCGUCGCAGGUCCAGAAGACGGUCGAUGGAAAAGCAAACGGCGAUGAUGCCAGGGCCGGAAAGACGGGCAGUCUCGAUCCAAAAUUGCCUCGUACAGGUCCACUGGUCACACCCCGAGCGUUUUUGGCUACGGUCGAGGGUGCAAUCUAUAUGCUGGCGACGAUCAAUCCGGCAUAUGUGAAUGUGCUGUUGCUUCUGCAGUCAGCGCUGGCGGGUCGCGUCCAGGCACCGGGGUAUAUGCCAUGGACGAAGUUCCGAGCAUGGAAGACGGAAGUCAUGGAGAAAGAUGAGCCGUUCCGUGUGGUGGACGGGGAGAUGGUCGAGCAGGCACUUUUGGCAUUGAAUGACCAGGAGCUCGAAGUGGUUUUGAGAGAAGGCGGACUCAUGGAGGAAAAUAUCCACGUGAGUGUCGAGGAAGCGCGAGCCUGGGGGGAGGAGUUGAGGAGGCUGUACUAGACACGAUCCAACCAGCACACUGAGAAGUUGGUUUUGAGCAUGGACUUGCCUCUUGGGGGGUACGCUCUAACAGGCGCUGAUCAAGCUAAGUCUUGAACUCGGCGUUAAUGUAAAGUAUACAGAGAUAGCAUGUCGCUUGAUCCGGCUGUUCGUAGAGAACAAUGUCAU